AUAUAAAUUCUUCAGAAAAAAUCUUGAACAACAUAGUCUUAUUAAACCUUUGUUUGAACAAGUUGUUUUUGAAAAUUUCCAAAAUGUCGGUAAUUUCACAUGUUUUGCUACUUUUGGUGUUGUGUGUCGCGCUUUAUAAGGCUGAAGACCUUUUGUUGGGGUCUAGUGCCAAUGCACAGUUGGGAUACCAGGAGACUGUCAAGCUAGGAUCUGUUCCUCUCAAGACGAGAACCAAGAACGUGUUCUAUAAUUCGAAUAACACUAGGAUUAUUAAGGCUAUAUCAGCGAUCGACAUCGACAAGUCGAAGACCAAGCCCGCGGUGACCGCGGGAGGCGUCGGCUCUUCCUUCGUCAACGUGCGCUUCAAGAGCGAGAAGGGAGUCGGACUCAACUACCUCGUGCAGAUAUUUGUAUAAGUGUAUAUCUUGAGGUUGAUGGCAUCGGCGAGAUUAAUACUGAAUGUGGAAAGAUUUUGUUAAAUAAAUGAUGCAAUUCAUAA